AGAAGAGUAACUAACCCUAGUAGUUAAUCCGCGGGGAAUGUUCUCGCAUGCUGCUGGUUGAUGAAGCAACCCACCCUCAUGAGGUACACGUGCUUAACAACCAAAGAGCUUUUAUACGCGUACAAUGGGACGUAGUUUAUGUCUUUACGGACAGCAUCAACAAAGCUAAAGCCUAAAAGUAGCUGUCGCUGUACGCGCCUAGUCUACUCCUACAUAUACGCCACACUGGUGUGCUUCUCACUCCUCACUCCUCACUCAUCGCCGUCUACCGAGUCACUCCUCGCUCCUCACUCAACGGCCAGCAUCUCUGUCUCGCUGGAAAGAAAGCCUUCAACAAGGUGGCCAGGACCAGAGACCAGACCGGGAAGGAGGUGCUGUGUGCUCUACCUGUACUGUAAAAGAUUCAUCCCAUGGCCGCGGAGUCUGCCUGGUGCUGGCCGUGGCUCAGCUCCGGCACGGCGUGGUUCCUCUUCUUCAACGUCUUCGUCGGCGCCGUGGCCGUCCUGUCCUGGCGGCAGGGCAGCGACCCGGAGAUGUCGAGGCGCAGGAGGCUCACCCGGAGCGCGUCGUCCAUGGUCAUGGAGCGCCUCCGCUCCAUGUCCGUCUUCGCCGCCUUCCACUCCGUGCCCGAGCACGACUACGGCAGCGGCCUCACACCGCCGGCGUGGGAAGAGUACUACACGUCGCCGGAAGAGGGAGGAGAGGAGACCGGGCACGCGGUGAAGCAGCCGGAGCCGGCCCUACCGGCGGUGACCGUCGCUCCAUCGACACCGAGCGCUCCUGAUGCAGCAGCAGCUACACAGGCUUCGAUGUCAGGGAGCGACGACAGGGCAAAAGCAGGGACGCGGACGGAGAUGUCUGGAUGCUUGGGAGAUGCGUGCGCGGUAGUAGUGGCCCGGCAGCGAGACGCGCCGGAGCCGGAGCCAACGCCAGUGGCGGCCACCGCCAAGGGUGCUACGACGGAGAGGCCGAGGAAGCGGGGGCCGGCGAAGGUGGCGGCGAUCGUCCAGCGGCGCGCGCACGCGGAGCUGGAAGAGAAGGCGGAGGUGAACGCGCAAGCCGAGCGCUUCAUCCGGCAGUUCCGGGAGGAGCUCAAGCUGGAGCGCAUCAAGUCCAUCCUCAACCACGCCCGCGCCGCCGCCGCCACAUCGGCACGGUAGCCCUUCGUUCACGGCUCGCCGGCGCAUCGACACUGCUCCGGACCGGUGGCUUUUGUUGUUGGCGUGGUCUAGAAAAUGUUGAUUUCUUUGUUUCGAUCUGUGCUUCCCUAGACGAGUUGGAGACGCAACCUUUUUCUUCCUUUUGUUCCCUACUACUGCUGGCUCUUUUUUCGAACUCAGAGGCAAAAGCAUCGAUGGAUGUAAUAUUAGUUAGCAUAAGAGCAUCUCUACCUUUUGCA